AUGGCUGGAAAAUUCGAACCCAAGGAGCCUGUGCAGCUCAACCCCCCCAAGGAUGACCCCAUCACCCUGGAGGAGCUAUCCAAGUGCAACGGCGUCGAUAGCGACAAGAUCUACGUCGCCAUCAAGGGCAAGGUAUAUGAUGUAACCGGCAACCCCUCGUAUCUGCCGGGCAAGGCCUACCACGUCUUCACUGGCAAGGAUGCUUCCCGCGCCCUUGGCAUGACCUCGACGAAGCCAGAGGACGUGGUUGCCGACUGGUCGACUCUGAGCGAAAAGGAGAAGGGCGUUCUGCAGGACUGGAUCACCUUCUUCUCCAAGCGCUACAAUAUCGUCGGCGUCGUCGCUGGAACUCGGGAGCAGGCUGUGAGGGAUGAUGCGCUGCAUGGCGCAGAAAAGGAGUCGAGUAAAAAGAGCCCACUAGAAAAGGAUAUCCCAGCAUUCCACUUUGUAGGCCAAGGCGGCACCUCUACUGGGCACAUCAUCGGCAGUCGUCUCAACUUCCGUACUCUGUCUCGGGUCGGCUUUUUGAGGUCGUACAAAGAUGACCCAGGUACCGGGAAACCAGUCUACCCUGGUCAACCGCAGAUAGGGCUGUACAUGCAUGGUCGUGCGAGCUUCAACGUUGCCAGAAUCUUGGGCUACGACGAACAACCGUGGCUCUCAUAUCAUGGAGGAGCAAGUAAAUUGCAAUACCCGGUACUGGAAAGGUAA